AGUGCUCGUGUGUGGAGGGUGGGAUUUCCAAUGCUGUUUGCGUUCCUUUCACGAAGGAUUGAGAUAGACACACAGAGCCCGAAUGAUUCUUGGAGAUGUCCACUAACUUUAGCUCGUAGUUCGGCCAUGGAUCUGUAGUUGUUCGCGUUUAUUUUUCCUUUAACUGAGCACUCCGGAUACCAAACUGGCGUCCUCACAUCUCCAACUAACACGAGCCAAUUAUCUUUUAGACCAGAUCAAGCUCAAAGUGUUUCCUGCAUGGCGGGGGGCUGGAGGAGGUCAUGGUUGGGGCUGGGCUCAUUGUGUGAGGUGGGAGGCCGGGGAAGGGGGCCUGUCCCGAGGCCUUGAGUGUCCGCUGUGGUGCGUCCUGUGUCGGGGAGGAAGGGAGAGACUCAGACAGGCCUGUCAGAGAGGGAAGAGUGCAUUCCGCCUGCCUACAGACAUGCUGAGUAUCAGACUUCCACAGCUCUUUGACUUCCACCAGGUGCCAAAGGUGUUUCGGGAGGACAGCAUCAUGUCUGGGUACCGCCAUCCCAGAAGCUCAGCCCUGGACUGCCUUCUCAGCAGUUUUCAGAUGACCAAUGAGACGGUUAAUAUCUGGACCCACUUUCUGCCAACCUGGUACUUCCUCUGGCGAUUUAGUGUGCUGUGCUUCACCCUUGACUUCCUGUCUGAGAGCUACACCUGGCCGCUGCUGGUCUAUAUGCUUCUCAUCUGCCUGUACCCCUUCACCUCCAGCUGUGCCCACAUCUUCAGCACCAUGUCACCUGAGACUCGCCACAUCUGCUACUUCUUCGACUACGGAGCUCUCAGCCUGUACAGUCUCGGCUGUGCCAUCGCUUACGGAUCUUAUGUGAUGCCCGACUGCUGGGUAAAUAGUUGGCUUCACCAGUAUUUUGUGCCGAUCGCCGUCUUCAACACGCUCUUUUGUACUAGCAUGUCCUGUUACUCCAGGUUUAUUGAGCUGCAGUUCCCACACAGAAGUAAAAUCAUGCGGACGGCUGCAUUUGUUGUUCCCUUCCUGUUUGAUAGCGUCCCUCUGUUCUACCGAAUGCUGUUGUACUGUUGGGGGAGCUGUAGCCACAGUGAAGCGCUGGCCAGCCACUCGGAUCAUCUGCUCUUUGCGUUUCUCACAUGUUUUCUGUUUGCUUCUCAUUUCCCUGAGAGACUGGCUCCUGGUCGCUUUGACUACAUCGGUCACAGUCACCAGCUCUUUCACAUAUGUGCAGUGGUGGGCACCCACUACCAGAUGGAGGGAGUUUUAGCGGACAUGACAUCUCGCAAAGGGUGGCUGAUAUCCCACUCGACUUUACCUUCCUUUUUGGGUACCUUGGGAGCACUCACUCUGGGUGUCCUGCUCAACGUGGCCAUCAUCGGGAUUUUUAGUGCCAGUUUACUGCUUACAACCCACCAAAGUACUUUGGCCCCUAGUGCCACCCACUCACAACAAGCACUCCAUGAGAGCAAAGAGGAGUAACAUUUAACUCAGAAACCACUGAGAACUCAACACCUCUGCUAAUUGUAUACCAGCACCUUUAGCCAAGGACACACUACAAGACUAAAGGGCACACACUGCUAUGUGAACUUCUUAUCGCAGGCAACUAAAAAAACUGAUGCGAUGUGCUUUGGUCUUAGUGUGUGCUUGGCUAUUCCAGAUUAUUUUUUUCUACAUUUUAAUAGCAAACGUAUACAGUCACUUUCACUGAUAUAUAAGCAAUAUAUUUGUGUUGCUUAUAUUUGUACUAAAGCAUUGAACUAAAAAAUUUUAUUAUUUGUAUUUUUAUUAUUUUAUUAUUUAUUAUUUGUUUUUAUUAUUUCUGCUGAUAACCCUGAAAAUAAUCAAGACCUUUCUGGUGUUCUUUAACCAUUGAGCCUUUUUUUAUUUACUGACAUGAAAGGUCGAGGGGUGAAUGACGCGAAUAUUAAAUGUUAUGUCUUAUAUUUUAACAGCAGUGUUUUUAUUUUAGGAAAAUUAUUGAAUAGCAUUAGUCAGGGAUUUUACAUUUACAUUAAUAUCAUCAUUAAUGACCUCAUUAAUAUAAUUCAUUAUAUUGCAUUGGUCUUUAAGGUUUUACAAUGUGUUUCAUAUCAAAGUACUGUGGGGUCCAAAAGUCUGAGACCACACUGAACAUUUAAACCAGGAAAGUUUAAUAUAUAAAUAAUAAUAAAUAAAAAGUUAUGUUGUAAAAUAAGCCAGCUUGAGUGCAUGCUAUCAUCAUUAUCUAAAGCAAUAGAGGGGACAUACUAAAUACAAUACAAUUAUUUAAUUCAUUUAAACAUAUCUUUCCUCAAAUUGUUAUGCUGAUAAUAUAUUUUGUAAUGGGGAAAAUGAUACAAAAUAUGAAAAAUGAUAAAUAGAAGGAUUUUCACUAGUGAUCUCAUUCUUUUGUAUAUGGUGAUCUCAAAACUAAUGAUGGUGAAAAUCUUAUAAGCUAAAACUACUGACAGGUGGGUAGUCAGUCUCCAUUUGAUGAUUUACAGUCAUUCCUGUUUUAUCUUUCAAUUCUGGACCACUUUUCUUUUAAUUGUAUAAAUAAUUCCUAAGAUACAGUACAUAACUUUAAUUAGUUGAGGGGAAAAAGGACUAUUUCUCUGAAAAAUGUUUCAGCUUCGUGAAGGAUAAAUAGUUCUUUAAGUUUUUGUCUAAUAAUUGCUCAUUUAAGCAUCAUUCUACUCUCUGCAUCUCAUGGGGGCUGCGCUGGAGUUUUCUUCACAGUCAUUUAUAUGUUCGUCAUAUAGCGAAAUGGUAUGUUAUGAAUAACUUGAGUUGUGUCCAUUUCUGCAUCAGGUUGAUUUACUGUGAUAUUGUUUUGUUCAUUACAGGCCUAUGACAUUCAAUAUACUCCGUUGACCUAAAAGCAAGGUUUUAUAUUGAAAUACUUAUUGUCAGUUCAAAUGCCUUCUUUAUACCCUGGUGGAGUGCAGAACUCAAAACAAGUUCUUCUUUAUGUUGCAUUUUGCUCAUUGGCCUUAUGCUUGUUACUUGCUGCUCUUAAAGAGAUAGUUCAUGCAAAAAUGAAAAUUCUGACAUCAUUUGCUUACCCUCAUGUUGUUACAAACCGUUAUGACUUUCUUUCUUAAGUGGAAGAAGUCAGUUAGUAAGGUGAACUUGAGAACCGAAUCAGUUUUGUGAACCAGAUCAACCAAUUUAUUGGAAUGAUCUCAAAACAAUUAUUCUCUUCUCUUGUGAAUGUGGUAAGGAGAGAUUUAUGUCAAGAUUUUAAGUGAAUAACGACCUUUUUGGUCAGCAUUUUGGUCACACAAUGCUAUUGUAUGACUUCAGAACAGGGUCAGAAAUUUAGGGGGGCUCGGGGCAAAAAUGCAACCAAAAGUGGCAAAAAAUGCCCCUGAAAUUGAAAAUGUAGGGGCAGAAAAUGCCCCUGUGAUGUUUUUUUAUAAAUAUAAAUAGCUACAGUAGAUAUACCUUAUAUAAUAACAUCUUAAAUGUAGUUCUUAAUAUACUAUAUGUAAUUCAGUUAUACAUGUUAUCAAAUAAGAUAUGAUUUGAUUUCAUUUUAUGGAUAAUAGAACUUAUGUCAAAUUGAUUAAAUGAAUGUAUUUGAAUAUGAAGAUUAAGAUGUUUCUGUAGGGGAAAAUGCAAAUCCAAAUUCCUUUACGGAAAGGUUCAUUUCUGACACUACUUUAGAAUAUUUGCAAUAUGGGACAAAAGUCACAUGGACAACUUUUUUGCACCUUUUUGAAGCUUCAAAGCUCCAGUCUCCAUUUAAACGUAGUUGCAUGGAAAAGAGCGGCCAUUACAUUCUUAAUAACUUCUCAGUUCCACAGAAUUUUUUUUAUUGGAGUUUGGAAUGACAUGAAUAAAAUCAUGAUGAAAUCAUUUUAAUUUUUGUGUGAACUGUUCUCAAAAAACAAUCUAACCACUGUUUAUGGCUAUAAGCUGUUAAUCUCUGACCUGUCACUUUGCCCUUAGAGUACUUUAUUUUCUUUAAUCUGACCUUAUGGUGCAGGACAGGUAUGUAGGUUUAUAAUUCUGUCCAAUUAAUUUUCAGUCAGCUUAGCAGAACCUUUUCUAACAAUCUCUGAUGGGCGAUCACGUGGUGGUAAUGACAUUUUAGUUAGUGUUAAUGAAAGGGAUCUUGGAUUAAAUAGCAAUUGUAGGUGUUUAAAUGAUCCGUGAUGGAUCAUUUCUGCAUUUUUCCACAUGUCUGUUUGUAGUUUGACAGCAGAACACCUUAUUAAAUAUGAGUAUUUGUGUUUAUCAGCUCCAUUCCUAAUGUAGCCUGAUCUUCUGCUCAAAGAGGUUUAGAUUUGAAUGUGUCAGGUGACAAUAGUUUUUUCUAUGCUUGAAAAGUAAUGAAAUGUUAAAGGUAUUUGUGUCCCAAUCCCUGUGUUUUUGUUGGCCCAGAUGAAUGUAUUGCAGUAUUGGAAACUGUGUUUUUGAAAACCCUUUAAUGUUACAAUGUAGGACUUAAAAUCACCAAUGACACUUAAUAAUAAUAAUUUUAGUUUUUAAAAGGUCCUAGAAUUUUGUGAUGGAUGUAGAAUUGAGUCCUUUGACAUUCACUUUGUAAUUUAAAUUUGUACUUUAAUAAAUGUAUUUCCCUUUGAAUGGAAGUAUAAUAUGUGAUCUGAAUUGAUCAAAAUGGCACCUUUUUUCGAUUGUCAGUUUGGAAUUAUUUUUGUACCAUGAGUGAAAAAUGUGAAAAAUAUGAUUGUUUGAAUAAAUGGUAAACGGUCUGC